AUCUUCUUUUGCAUAUCCAUGGGGGCAUAAAGGUCGUUACUUUUUACAUGGGUUUUUUGUAGAUAUAUCAAAGCAUUUAUAUUGGCCACUCCCACUUGUUGUGGUGAUUAGAUUGUCCCUAGAGUCACUGUUUUGGUCUACUUAUCGCUCUUUCAAUUACUGUAAUGUUGAAUUGGGGUUUCAUCUACUAAAUAAGAUGAAGUUUCUUGUCUCUUUCUGUCUCCCUAUUUCUUAAUUGCUCCUCUUCAGCUAACUUUGGGGCUUUUAAGUGAUACAAUGGCUCGCUUCAGUUUUCCUUGUUUUCCAAAUUUUGGGGGUUUUAAUCAGGUUUGUUGAUUCUUGUCAAUGAUUUUGGAAAACAUUUAAAUUUUGUGGGUUUUACUUGAAUCUCUACUUUAGAUUUGAUGUGUUCCUACAAGGUUGUGUUUGGUUUUAUCCAGUUCCAAGUAAUUACGUGAAGUUUGCCUUUUUUUGGAUCUCAUUGUAGAUGGUUAGGUCUGCAAUAGUCUCAAUUAAACCUUCUUGUUUGCAUAUUAUCAGUUCAGUGACUCUUGGUUCCAGAUUCGUUUUGGUGGUCAUAAUCUAGUUAUUCAUGGUUUGGUUCUAAGCGAGCUGUGACAAAUCGGGGGCCUGAGAUUUCAGAAACUGCUGAUAAUUGGGUCUCACCAUCUGACAUUCCACUCAUAGAACCUAAUAGUAAAGAGCACAGGAUGAGAGAGGCACAGCUAGGCGGUCACACUGUGAGGUCCCAUGGAAUGACUGUUGCAAGGACUCACAUGCAUGAUUGGAUCAUUCUCGUGUUACUUAUUAUUCUUGAGUGCGUACUCCUUAUAAUCCACCCGUUUUAUCGCUUUGUUGGGAAAGAUAUGAUGACUGAUCUCAGUUACCCGUUAAAGAGUAACACCGUACCAAUUUGGUCUGUCCCGGUGUAUGCGAUGCUGUUGCCUUUGGUAAUUUUCAUCUUUAUCUACUUCCGUCGAAGAGAUGUUUAUGAUCUUCAUCACGCGGUGCUAGGUCUCUUAUACUCUGUUCUGGUGACAGCAGUACUUACCGAUGCAAUAAAGAAUGCAGUUGGUCGACCACGUCCUGACUUCUUCUGGCGUUGUUUUCCAGAUGGCAAAGCUCUUUAUGAUAGCCUUGGAGAUGUUAUAUGCCAUGGUGAUAAAAGCGUCAUAAGGGAAGGGCACAAAAGCUUCCCAAGCGGACACACCUCUUGGUCUUUUGCGGGUCUGGGAUUUCUUUCGCUUUACUUAUCGGGAAAGAUUCAAGCAUUUGAUGGUAAAGGCCACGUUGCAAAGCUAUGCAUAGUCAUACUCCCUUUGCUAUUUGCAGCUCUUGUGGGUAUUUCCCGUGUUGAUGACUAUUGGCAUCAUUGGCAAGACGUCUUUGCAGGAGGCUUGCUAGGUCUUGUGAUCUGUUAUCUCCAAUUUUUCCCGCCACCAUAUCACACCGAAGGUUGGGGACCAUAUGCUUACUUCCAAGUGUUGGAGGCGGCGAGAGCGCAAGGAACCGCGAAUGGAGCAGUGCAGCAGCCACCCCAAGUUGAUAACGGUGAAGAAGAAGACGGUGGGUUUAUGGGUUUACAUUUGGUGGAUAAUCCGACUGUGAGGAGAGAAGAAGAUGUAGAAACUGGUAGAGGCUGAGAUGAAGAAACUUUGAAGCUGGUUUGGUUACUUCUUAGGACACUUUCUCUUGUUCUUCUUGAUUCUUUGUUUGACUACUUUAGUAGAUUUCUAUAAGAUAACUUAGUAACAACUACAAUCGUUUGGUUUUGGUUUUGGUUUUGGUUUAAAUGGAUGACCGGUAUUUAUGGGUCCGGUAUUGAUAUCCGUUAAAGUUUAUGCUUUUUAAGUUUUAACUAGUCAACUGGAUAAAUGUAGCUUUAUUAUUUUUUCAAUAUUUUAAGAAUUGAAAUUGGAUUUGAACUUA